GUCCUGCACGCGGAUGCCCCCGGUGACUUGUGCUGCAGGUGGCUCUGCCCCGUGGAGGGGAAGUCACUGCUGGGAUGAGGAGAGGAGAAGAGAGGUCCGCUGCCAUGCAGGGGGAGAAGGCGAGGGCAUGCCUGCGGAGCCUAGGCUUCACCUCUGUCUCCAGACCAAGGGGGACGAGGCUCUGCCCCCCGGACUACCGUGCCUCACUGCCUGCUGCGGGGUUGACAGAGGGUUUAAAUGUAAAACCAGCUUUUAAGGCUGUUUUAUGCCUGGAGCUGGGCACGAUUCCAGGGCUUGGCGCCUGCUGUCGUGUAUUGGCCCUUCCUCUCCUUCUGUUGGGAGGUCUUCAGGGAAGAACCCAAGCUGUAGCUGCAAGCCAUGCAUACAGUACACAGGAGGAGAACCCCACCAGACCAGUUGGGAGGUACCCAAUACCUAAUAAAAAGGACAUGCCCUUCGAUAUAGUGGAGCUCAUGGAGGAAGUUGAGAGGAAGACUGGAUUUUUGCCUAAUGUGUUCAAAGUGAUGUCUCAUCGGCCUGAAGAAUUUAGAGCAUUCUUUGCCUAUUACAAUGCCAUUAUGAACAAAGAGACAGGAAGACUUAGCAAGGCGGACAAAGAGCUCAUCAUUGUGGCUACAAGCAUGAUUAACAGAUGUCCAUACUGUGUCACUGCACAUGGGGCUUUGCAUCGAAUAUACUCUAAAAAGCCGACAUUGGCCGAUCAGGUUGGUGUGAAUUGGCAACUGGCUGAUCUAAGUGAUCGGGAGAAAGCAAUGCUGGAGUUUGCUGUAGCAGUUAGUCAUGCUGAAAAUAUAACUGAAGAACACUUCCAAAAGCUGGAGGCACAUGGGUUUGACCAGGAAGAUGCCUGGGACAUAGGAACAAUCACUGCUUUUUUUGCCAUGUCUAACCGUAUAGCUCACUUCACUGACAUGCGUCCAAACCAAGAGUUCUACACCAUGGGCAGAAUACCGAAGGAGAAGGAAAAGGCAGAAACUUCCUAACACUGCUGUGAUGGCUACAGCUUAAUAUGGAGACAUACCACAUUCUUAAAUGCCAAGGCUUACUGGCUGCAUCUACACAAGACACUGACUGCACAGUUGUUACUGUACAGUCAUUUAGUCCUUGUAUAAACAAGAACUAAAUGACUGUGCAGUAACUGGAGUUACUGCGCAGUAGUGUCACCAAAUGGCUUUUUUGUGAUGCUAACUGCGCAGUAGGCCGAAACUACUGCGCAGUAGCAUCACAUCACGCUUGCUGCCAUGCGACGCUACUGCACGGUAGUCACAGGCUACUGUGCAGUCAGUCUUGUGUAGAUGCAACCACUGAAUAUGUAAAAGGUGCAGGUUAAAACUAGAUUGUCACCAGAGAUCAGAUGGGAAAUGGACUUUGCUUCACUUCAAUGAACAAAAAUCUAGGAAGGUGUUUCAACAGCUUGCUAAUUGCCAAACCUUGUCAUAAAACUGUGUUUUGAGUGUGAUAAAGUGUCUGGGAAACAUGCUGUGAUUUAUGAAUAUGCUGUUAAGCAACUUUUUCAUCACCUCCAUACUGUUUGAGUGAAUACAGAACGGGCUUUUAUAUAUACAGUACAACACAAUUUUCAUGUAGGUUGUAAUAAUUUCUUAUAGUAAUUUUGCUAACGAUCUGAGAUUUGUCUAUAAAUAAAGAUAAGGGAAGAGGGGUUAGCAUCUUUGCCUUUCUCAACCUUGUUAAUUUGUUCCUGCAGUGAGGACCUAAUGCUGCCUGUGUAACAUUAUAAUCAGUUCAGUGGGGCAUUCUUUCAAGCAAGAUUGGGGGAAGAAUCAGUGCAAGCCUGACCCAUGUCUCGGUGAUUUCAGUGGAAAAUGUCUGGUUGGCUUUUUGGGGAGUUAGAGCAAGCUAGAGCAAGGCUGAACCAGAGCUCUGUAGUAAAGGCCUUAAAGAGAAAUUUUUAUAAGAGCAGUUUUUAUGCCAGUAACAACAGCUAAGGUGAAAUGGCUUUUUUUUUAAUGGAUCAAGAUGAAAAAAUUCUAAUGCACUGAAGAAAAAAAUAAGGGAGAAAUUGCAUGCAUGACCAGUGUUGCCAUCUGAUGUUUCUCUUAAAGCUCCAUCUCCCCGAGUCAACUGAUUAUGUGAGGAUCUCACUAGGUCACUGUUUAGAAAAGUAAGUUUCUGUCCCAGGGUUGUGGGGAAAACCUUGAAAAUGUGAAUUCUAAUGACAAAGACAUGAGGAGGCAAAUAAAGAGAAUCCAGUACUUAUUUUAGUACUGAGCCCUUGCAAUUUAGUGCAUUGCAAAAAUAUUCCUUUCUCCAACCUGUUUCUCUCACUUCUUUUUAGUAGGCAGGCCCCACACCCCAGUUACUAUGAAACAUGAGAGAAAGUGUGUGGGGAAAUGAGAAAGGUGGGAACCAGGGGUCCUGUCUUAUGCAUGUUGAAGAUAAAAACCUGACCUUUAACCCUCGAUCUAAUUGCAUGUGUCAAAACCCAAAGCUCAUCUUUGCUCACAGCUGGGCUCAGCAAAGCCCGGUGCAUUCUCCACGGUGUGCAGUGGUCACGCAGGUGCUAGGUGCCUUAUUUGAUGCACACAGGCUGCAUGGUGUGGAAUCAGAAAAAAUAUAUGCCUUAAACUUUGAUUAUUUUAGUUAUAAGAUGACAUAACCGCUUUGUGUAGAAUUGCUGGCUCUGUACAGUAGAACAGAUAAGGGCAAGUGUUUGUUCUUUGUAACUCUUCUGCAAAUGCUUCGCUCACCGCGGCCUUGAAGGUAGCAAAAAAAAAGUAUGUACAAAGUAGAUUUCCAGGUGCAAGAAGGAGGUUUGUGAACUAACCUCACCUCCCCCAUAAUUCCCAUCCUGAUUACAGCAAAGAAAUAAUGAAGUAAUAUUAUAGCCGCUUUUCAUGCUAAUUUCACUAUAUGAUCACAUGAGUUGUAAGCGACUGUUAAAAAGUAUAUAAGCCUCCUGAUUUUGCUCUUGGGGGGGGACCCCUUCCAAGUGCUUGGGAAAUCCAUGUCACUUUGGAACUCCCCCUACAGCUGUAGUUUCUUUUGAAUAAAAGCUUCUGCUGACCUGA